UAUUAUGUAUCACUUGGAGGAAAAAACUAUGUAGAUUUAGGCAUUGGAACUCACAAAGUUAAAUGCAGAGUACAUGAAGAUUUUAGACUUAUAGUGAUUGCAGAUAAAGAAAAUGUGUACAAAACAUUUCCAAUACCUUUGAUAAACAGAUUAGAGAAGCAUUUUUUAACUGUGGUUACUGGAAUGGAAUAUUCUCAAAAAGAACUAGCAGAGAAACUUAAAAAAUGGGCAUCAGACUUUUCUAGCAUAAACUCAUCAAUACAUGAGUUCCAACCAUCAGAUUCAUUUAUUGGAUACAGUGAAAAUAGUUGCGCUUUUAUUGUAGUUAAACUUUAUCAAAAGUAUGUAAGGUAUGGUGAGGUUGACCCUGAUAAAAUUAGUGAGGUUGACCAAGACAUGAUUUUUGAAGAAUGUUGUCAAGCUUUGUUAAAACUAGCUACUCCUGAUUCUUUAUUGCGUGUUGUGAAAACAUGUUUAAAAGAUCAAUUUAAGAAAUAUUGGCGCAUUUACUUUGUUGAGCAAUAUCAUCACUCUUUAGCAGAAUAUAUUAGCAAUGAACUUGAUAAUGUAGAUAAUAAAUUUAUGCAGGUUACAACCUUUUCACGACUUUUAUCUCCAACUGACAAAGAGAGUUUAAGCAAUGAGUUAAAUGAUUUUGAAAUUAAGAUGAUUUCUCUUAUGCAGUUUCAAACAGAAAAAUCAUUCAGGGAUUCUCUACACAAUUUGUGCAACUCUGAAAGUAAUAAGAAAAGGAUUCUUAUCAUUCAAGCAAAUAAUGCACAGGAAAAGAGUAAGUUAAUUGCAUGUGCACAAUAUAUUUGUAGAGACUUACAAGAGCAGUUCAAAUUUAAAAAAAUAUCUAUUUUAUUUAUUCUACAACUUAACUAUAAGUCUAAGCGCUUAGACUUACUGAGCUCAUUAUCAUUCUGGGAUUGCUGCCAUAUUGACGAGUUACGUAGCUCAAACUUGCCUAAUCUUAUUAAAUAUUGUGGAAAAUCUCUGAAAGAAAUAAUUAACCUUGAUGACGUAAAACCAAAAAUGGUUCAAUUGAUACUAGGAUGUGUACAAAUGACUAUACAACAUCUGAGUAAAAUUAAGCAAAUGACUAUUGAAGAAAUAUCAAAGCGAAUUGAUAUUAUUACAAAUCUUUUAACAAGUAAACCGAAUGAUAUUCGAUACAUGUUUAUUACAACUAUAUUGCAGCUGGUAGAGACUGGUUUAGCUGCAGAAGAAACCAAAUGGCAUCCUGAUUAUGUUACAAAUUGGAUUCAAAAUGAAGCAAUAGAACAAAUAUACCAGCCAUUAUAUGGAACUUUUAUACAUGCAUUGUUGUGUUAUGUGGAAGAUCGCAUAGUGCCCGUUUUCACUUCCAUUGUUUUUAGUAUAGAUAGAUUUCAUAAUCUUGAAAUUUUUGACAACGAACCAGAAUAUACAAAGCUGUGGCUGGAACUGUUUUCUAAGUCCACUUUUAUUUCUAAUAUUACACCCAAUAAGUUAUUGGAUUCAUAUUUUCAUUGCAAGUUUCCAUUUUCAGACAGAGUUCUUAAAGAAAUAGAUAGUGCAUUGGAAAAUUGUAUACAGCUAGACGCAACACAUGAAACACAUGAUUACAAGCAUAUUUAUAACACAGUUGCAUCAUUACCAAUGGCAAGUCUGGUAAUGGGGUUAACAAAUGGAGAAGUAGAUAGCUAUAUAUUUGACUUGCUGCGUUUAAAGUAUCCUGAACAUUUGCAAAGUUUUGAGCUAAGCCAAUGUUCUUAUAAAAUUUUAGCAGAUGGUUUGAUUUCUUUUACAAAAUUUGUUAAUGUUUCAAGAAAUAAAUAUUUUAAUACUUGUGGUAUAGAACCAAAUAGCAUAUUUAAGCACACCGACUUUGAUAUAGUGUCUAUACACAUUGCUUUAAACACUAAAUUAUUUAAAGAAAGACUCAAAAAUAUUUCUAUGAUGCUUAUCUUACAACCAAAGUUGAGAGAAACUGCAUUUGUACAAGAUUCAGAAAUAGAUAUAGAUGUUCAUUUAAUGAACCAUUUUCUAUCUCAUCUUGCUUCUAAACGCUUCUGUCCUGGUGUCAUAGAGGAAAUUAGAAAGAUUAAAGUGUUGUUCACUGAUGUUCUCAAUUCCGCAAUUAAAAGUAAUUGUAAUGUUGCAACAAAAGAAAUGGUGAAUAAAUUACAAAUUCGUUGGUGCAGUUUUCGAAUUUGUCAAAAGUUUUCAGAUCUUGUGUUUCAUACUUCUACUUGUUUUUGCGAUCAUCAAAUUAAUUUAUUGAGAUUACUGUGGAAGAAAUUGGAAUCUCUUCCAAAUGAUAUGCUGACCUAUGAAUCAUGGAUUAUAAUUGAACAAUUUUUAAACGAAUCUCUUGCAGUGGAUUUUUCUAACAAUAGCGAAGAUUGCUUAGUUAAUAAUUGCAAUGAGACUUUGUAUACUCUUCCAUGUUGCGGAGCUGUUCAUAAUGAAUGCAUGCAUAAAAUUUUUUAUAAAAUGUUGGCAUGUCCGAAAUGUAACAAUAAAUAUAAUGAUAAAGAUAUCUUUCAAGAAAGUUUAGAAAGAAGACAUUUGGUUUUUGAAAAACGCGAGUUCAAGAAGCGAUGUGUUUCUUUUUAUGCUGAAAUUGUUACUGAGUUUUGCUUUUCAAGAAAAGAUUUUGAUAAAGUAAACACAGAAGUCAUUAACAAUAUUUUAAAAUAUGUUUUUUCUACUAAUACCACAAAGGUAUUUUCACCAAUACUUGAUUAUGCACUUGAUCCAACACCUGUCAUUCGCUCAUUUUUACUACAACAACUUCUCCAAAGGAGAUACAAUGAAGUUUUUGAAUAUCUCGGGAAACAUUUAGAUAUGUUAUUUUCACAUACAGAUCAAAGUCAGCUAUUUGAAGUUGCAAAACUUUUUAUAUAUUGCAUGGAGGACAAAAAGAUUUUGGAACUUUCAAAGCUAAUGGAGAAGACUAUUGUCAACAAGGCUCUACUUAUAGGUAUAACCGAUAAAUUGAUUAGAGUUGUUCAAAACUUUAAACCUGAAGAUUUUUUAAAAGAAGUACCAUUACUAAAACGUAUUGCUGGAUUGCGUGUAAUUUUGGGAAUAUCAGCUCAAGUAUUGUAUAUCUGGUUUCUUGGAAGUUCUAGUUAUAAAGAAUCAAUUAAACCAAGAAUAUUUGAUAGAUUUUUAGCUUCACUAACAAAAUUUAUUCUUAAGUACAAAGACAGUCAACUUUAUUUUUAUUUCUUGAAGCAAAUUGUUAGAAACUAUGGGAUUCAAAGUUUGAAGGAGAUUGCAAUGAAACCUGAACUUGAUUGGAUUCUUGAUAAAGAUGAAAGUUUUAACAAUAUGACAAGUUAUGACAAGUAUUUGGUCUAUGGUGAAUAUUACAAAAGAAUUUGUGAUUCUUUAUCUUCCUGCAAUUUAGAAGACUUACUUUCAAUAAUUCAACUGGAUAUGUAUGAUGAGAACAAAACAACUUCACUCCUUCAAUUAUCAUUGUACAAAGAACUAACCAAUCUUCCCAAUUUGGCAAUACUUGAAGAUAAAAUUAAAAUACAGACAUGCUUAUUUGCCAUAAGAAGCUUUUCGACUUUAGAAUCAUACUCUUCAAUUUUAUAUCAUUUCUGGAUUUUAGUGAAUUCUGGGAAUGCUUCUAUACACCUUUUUUUGCUGUUGGCAACAUCCCCACAAAAAGUUGAUGGAUGGUUUUUUCCUGCAAUGCCAAAUGAUAACUUAUCAGAGGUUUUUGGCCUAAAUCAAAAGGAUACGAAAAAUUCUUUUCUAUUUUAUGCUUGCCCUCGUGGUCAUCCAUAUGUAAUAACAGAUUGUGGUCGACCAAAUCAAACAUAUUUAUGUUCUGUUCCAGAUUGUCAAUCACCAAUUGGAGGAAACAACCAUUCAUUGCUUCCCACAAAUAAUAUUAUCUCUAAUAGGGUUGAUACAACAAAACCUGGUCAUUGUUUGGGUGCAGCUUUAGAACGUCCAAAUUUUUCUAUUCCACAGCGUAAAUUGACGCCAUUGUCUGUUACAAUGCAAAAUUUAUUAGUGCAUCUUUCAUUACUUGUUGCAACUAUGACAGGUCAUGUAGAGGAUGUUGUGAGAUUGGUGCAUCCAGAAGUAAAUUCUGAUGCAAUGCAAAUGUUUCUAGUACAGCACAUUGAAAAAGAUCUUUAUCUAUUGUCUAAUAGAAUAGCAAAAAAUAUCGAUGAUACAAAUUCUGCAGUUCACAUUUUUUUUAAACGCCUGCUAUUAAAUGAUGAAUCUGAUGACAUAAUGACAGUCGAUUUAACAAGCAUAGAAAUCAGAAACCAAUAUGAAAAUGCUUUUGAUCAAAAUUUUAUUCAACCUUUUUUCAGUUCAUUGGAUGAAGAGCUUUUGGGAUUUAAUAAAUUUUUGAUAGUAGACCGUUUUAUAAAUGACUCACCAUUGAUGAAGAAAUUAUAUGAACAAGAGACAGAAUCAGAUUUGUCAAAUGUUACAGUUAUGAGUCCGCAACUUUGGUUUUACAGACAAUCAGUAUCAGUUGAAAGUCUUAAAGUUGCAGUUCAACUAAAAGUAGCAGCUGGUGGCGCUAAAGAAAUAUCAAUUCUUGUAAAGUUUUUAGAACAGGAAUCAGUACUUAGCAUGAUAAAAGAACUGCCACUUAUAUUAGAGCUUCAAAAAACUUUGCAACAUGAAUUUAAUUAUAAACUUGACAAAGCAACUGCUGUUGAUAAAACUGUUGAUGAGUUUUUAUUAGAUAUUAGUGCAAGUAAACCAGAAUUGAAAAAAAAAAUAGAGAAACUUAUUAAAGGUUUUAUUAAAAUAUGGAAUCAGGCACGUGCUCUUUUCACAGAGAGAGAAAAAAGAUUGGCGCCAAAUUUUUCUUCGAUUAAACUUGACGAAAAUUGUAGCUUAGCAUACUUCAUUGCUGCAAGUUCUGAUCAUGGGUUGUGUGCUUCAAUCCUUAUUGAUUUUCUUGUUUUCCAGCAAAACGAAUUUUUGAAAGAGUGUCAGUUGAUUAAUCGUGCAUAUCUUUUCCAACAUGUUCCUAUAUUUCAGUUAAAAGAAACAGAUAUUAUAACUUAUGAGCAGAAACGUGACCUCCUUCCGUUAGUGCUUUUGAAUAGUGAGUACUCUCUUGGUAUUGGAAAAGCUCCAUAUAUUGAGCAUAACUUAGAAACAAUUCAAAGACGCCUUUAUGAAAAUAUCAUUUUUGGUAAAGCAUUGAUAGACAAGGAGUUAAUACCAUUCUUGUACAGAGGUGAUAUCAAAAGUUUAAACUUUUCAUUAUUAAGGAAGUCUAUUCAACAGAAUGCUAUUCCUUAUACGGAACAAAGAAAAAUGUUAGAUGAAAUGAUUGAUAUAGCAGAUGUAUCUAUUGCUUUGCGAACUGUUGAAACAGUUAUUGGUAUAAUAACGUCUACAGGUGGUGAUUGUAACAUGUAUUUAAGAGAUUAUCUAACCAAUAUUCUUCGAAUGAAUGAAAAGAAAUACAUAGUUAGUGGAAAAAUGUGUGACUUUAUACGAUUGACUCACUUGUACUCUGUAUGGCUCAUGUUGACUGUUGAACAGGCAUGUAGGAUAUAUGCAAGUAAACAGGUUCCAUUUCAUUUAAAAGAAUUUUUUAUGAGUGAUGAUCUUAAGAGGGGAGUAGUUGAAAAAAUGGAAAAAAAAUUACAUCAGGUUGACAGAAAGGAAUUAUUAAAUCUAAUCACUGAGUAUAUUGUUUUGGAGCUUCCAUUAAGAAAUGAAGCCGAUAUUUCUUUGACGUUAGUUGAAGCUCUGCAGUUGUAUAAAGAUAAACAAGAAAUAACGAUAAUAACGUCUUUAGAGCCUAUAAGUGAUGACUUUUUACUAAAGCAUAUUUACCUUUUUUGGAAAAUAAUUGCUUCUCACGCGUAACAUUUUUAAGCCAUUAUUAAGUAUAUUAUAGAUACUAUUUUCUAGUUAUUUUCUUAUAAUUUUCAGUAUGUUUUACAUUUUUUUCUAAAACUAUAUUAUUUGUAGUUUCUGUUUUUUAAUUUUUUUUUUUUUUUCUUUUUCAAUUUAUCAUAGUCAUUAUUUUUAAGUUUUAUUUUUGUUACUUUUAAAUGAUUUGAAAAAUAUAUAUAUUUAGUAAAGAAAAUUAUAAAGAAAAAUAUUGUAAUUAGUCGUUAAAGAAAAAUGUUGUAAUUAUUAUAAACGUUGAAGAAGUUGUUGAUAUUGUUAUUGUAACUAUUUUAUAGCCAUUGAAGAAUUAUCCAACUGGUGCAUAAGACA